GCCAUUAAAUCUCUAUAGCUCGUUUCCUUCUUAUUUUUUUAUCUGUUGAUUUUCCCGCUUCAAACCAAAUUUUUGUUCUGAAAAUUUGAGUGUUUUUUUUUAGUGUAACGAUUUGCGUGUGUUUUCAUAAUUUGGAGUAUUUUGUUUUUGCAAUUAUAGCAUUGUCAUGGAAAAUUAUAUUCUUAAAUUUAAUGUAGAAUCUAUAAUAACUUUAAGAUAAACGUGUUUCUUAGGUUAGACGUCUUGAAAUGAUGUUUUUUUAGUGAAUGUUUAUGACUAAGCAAAUGUAGAGUGACUGAAAAAUUAAAAGUUUAUCAUGAAGUCUGUCAGCAGCAAUCCAUUUUAUAAGAAGAAAUUCUUUCUUGAUAUAAUUGGUUGUUCUCCUGAAGUUGAGAAAAAUCUUCUGAAUGACUUAAAGUGGCUUGGUGCUAGAGAAGCUUUCCAUUGUAAAGAUGCUACCUUUGUUGUAUCCAAUAAGUCUAUGCAGUGUAAACCUUGGGUACCAACGACACUUAACUCACCAUGUCAUAGCCCACAAAUGCUUUCUGAUUAUUCAAUGGACCUUGGUUCACCUGAGUAUACAAACUCUCAAGUUAUUGAUCGAAAAGCAGUUCCAUUGUCUCAAUCUCGUGGAAAAGUUCUGCUUCAAAAGUCUCAACAAAUAGUAAAGAAACACGGGACCACUGAUACUCUUGCAGUGUGUAAGCAAUAUGGGGUAAAAGUAUAUCACAUUGAUAAAGUUCAGUCAUAUCUAAAGAAAAUCAAAAACUUAUAUGGUACAAAGAAAGUAUCAAGCAAUCAGGAGAGAUCAAUAGUGAAAGAUGUUCAAAGCAAGUUUUCUUCACCGAAUAAUGAUGUUCAAAAGAUAAGAGCCCCUUUUGUUAAAAUUGAAGAUGUUAACCGGCAAUAUAGAACAAGACACCGUGUGUUUUCUUCAUGGGCUGACAUCAUUGAUCCAACUUUAUCUCAAUCAGUCAAAGAGCUUCAUAAGAACUUUGUGAUCAACGGAAGCAUAGAGCACCAAACACUCUUCAGGCCCAUUCUGAGAGAUAUAUCUAUCAAUAAAAUGAAUUCACAAUUCCUUAUGCCAUUAACUCCGACCAAGUCAUUUACAAAGCAAAGCCCCGCAGCAUCCAUGAUCUCUUCUACAGAUACUAGGAAGAAACCAGAAGUACCGGUGCAGUGUGCAGAUAAAAAGAAGAAUCACAGAAGGAAAAAGAAGCAAUAUUGUGAAAUAUGCAGUGUUCAUUUCUCAAAUUUACGCGAACAUAUUGAAAGCAAGUCUCAUUUGAAGUUCAUGAAUGAUGCUACUAAUUAUAGUAAACUUGAACAACUCAUUGAGAAAUUACCCAAGUUUGCUGAUAUUAUGAAGUUGAAUUUGACAGGAUGUAACAAUUUAGAAUCUGGAUUUUUGCCAAAUGGUUGCAAUCAUCUUGGAGAUACUAACUUUGCGGCUCAGCAAGCAACUCCCUCUAAGGAGAUGAAUCUCUUUUCAAGCGAGUCCUCAGAGUUUGCGACAGAGUUGUACGACUUGGAUGAUGAUAGUAUUAUCAGUGCUACUUGUAGUACAGCCAGUAGUGGAUUAUUUUUCUUACAGGACAGGUUGGAUCUUGAUGUUUCUCCUGAAAUUCCAAUAUCUUGUUCGAAAGUUAAUAAUAAUCAAUUUAUACCUGAUUAUUCGAACACAUUGGAAAAUCUCCAGAUAGCUACAAAAAACAAUGACUUUGAAAAUGAUUCAAAACUAUGUGAAUUUACCAGCAGUUAUUUGGAGUUGAAAAACACAUCAAUUUUAAAAGAAACCGAAUGCCGAGUGGCUGAUUUACAAACGGAUCUGUCUCUUUCGGAAAUUUAUGAUGCAUCCAUAGUGUCUCUUCCUAUCAACGAAGAAAAAGGUGUGUCUACCGAGAAGACAGAUUUAAAGGAAUUGAUGUAUUCCAUGUCAGAAUCAUUCGAAAAUUCAUUGUUUUCCAAUCCCCGCCGUGCUAAGUCGAAGAAAAGGAAAAGGGGAGAAGACCUUGAAACCUAUAUGCUGAAAAAGUUUUUACGUGAUGAACUUUCCAUGCAUAUUUCUGAUCCCAAUGUUUCAAAUGAAGGUUUCCAUGAUAGUGGUUUCUGUUCCACAAUGAAUUUUGAUCAAAACCUAUCUCAGCAUGCUGAAUCUAGCCUGUACGCUUCUGUCCACGGUAACUCAACAGACAGUAACCAGGCUGUAGAUUUGAGUAUAUUAGACAAAAGUGCUUCCAAUUUGGAAGUGUCUAUUCCAAUUUCUGUUCCAGAAUCAUCCAGCUCACUUAGUCCUCCAAUACUGGACCUAUGUAAACAAGUCCCUCCUAUUUCAACAUAUUCAUCUCCUCCUAUUUUAAGCAAUGAAUUGUCGGACACAGAAAUUCUCAAUCAAAAUAAUUUACCACAGGUAAAGAAUCUCACAGAUAGCAUUCACACGAGUGUGACGGAAAUCAAUCGACGUGACAUCCUUACCGACUGUGCAAUCGAAAACACUAUUUUAAAAGCUUCUCGGGUAGAAGAUUGUAUUAGUUCGAAGUGUUGUGAAAAUACACAUGAAACUCAAAUUGUUCACGAUUCUACACUAAAGCUUUCACAAACUGGCAUACUAGAAGUGAAAGAUACCCCAGUUAUUGCUUCUGAAACAAAGGAUAAGAGUACAUGCUUAAAGAGUUUGUUUCUUUACAAAAAUAAGAGCAAUUUAAUGUUAGAGAAACUGUUGCUGUACAGAGACAGCUUUCUGUAUUGUCAUGGUUCUUCUGAAUCAUUUCUUGAGAGGUGGCUCGCAGUUUCUAGUCAGACUUAUUCUUCAUAUUACUUAGGAAAAUUUGCAGAAGUCCUCAUUUCCCAAAAUAAGCAACAACUUUCUGGGAAUAUCAUUUUAAGAUUGAAUAAAGUCCUUAAAGGAGAUGGUGUUAGGAAAGUGUUCAUUGUUCUGAAUGCUUGUGGUAAAAAUAUCACAUACAAAUUUAUCAAACAGCAAUUGGCAGAACUAUCUUUGCUGUACCAUCCUAGUGUUUCCAAGCAUCUUCGACACAUCGGCUAUUCACUCGAAAAUAAAUUUAGACUGUGGCAAAAAUAUUCCGCCAUGAGCAGUUUUAUCUCCGAUUGGGGGGCUUCACACCAAACAUAUUUGAACAGUACUGAAUGUAAAUUGUGUUUGAUGUCUGAUAUUUUUAUCCCAUGUGACAAUCCAAUUUGCUUGAAGAAAAGUCUAAUCAAGAUAAACUUGGUUUCCGAGAAAAUCGGUGAUAUAUCAGUCCACAGUACUGCGGUUGACCUAUCUUCAGGUCAGUCUAAUCCAUGUGAUGCUGCCUUACCUGAGGAUAUUCCUUCUGACCGCUCCUCUUUUGGUACUCUUUGCAGUCGUGAUUGUACGGAGAUUGGAAGUUCAUUAUCUGAAGAAGAGUACAUUAUUGUAGAUUCUUACUCUGAUGAAAUGGAUUGGGUUAAAAUGAAUCCUUAUUCUGAAGAAUUCUGAUUCUGUGCUGCUUCUCUUUAACACAGCCUGAUUUUUAGUAAAAUCACAAGAACAUGUUCUGUAGGAGAAUGGUACCUAACUCUAAUAGAGUGAAUAAGUAGCAAAAAUGUCCUCUUUUUUUUAUUAAUGCAGGAAUGUCGUGUGCCUAAAAAGUGGUAAAAGCAUUCAUUUUUAUUUAUUUAAUCUAUUUAUUGAAU